CGCUUGGCAAGCGCACACAUUAUUGUUCGAAGAAGAACUGAACGAAUUUUUUAAAUGGAAAAUUUUGUUAUCGUUUUUUUGGCUCUGCUCUUUUUUGCUGUGUCCAUUGGGGCAGUCGACAAUUAUAGUAAUUACAAUAAAACGGAAAAAAGCGUUCGUGACAUAAAUUCGCUCAAGAUUAAGCAGAAGUCAAUAAAUAAAUCAAUUCUAAAAUAUAAAAAUACAGUGAUUCAACUGCAAAAACUGAAAAUAAUAUCACAGAUAAACAUUUUAAAAACACAAGAAGCGAAUCUAUCUAAAUGUUUGAGAAAGCAAAAUAAUACUUCUCUUCACGAUGAGUUUAACACUGAACUGGAACAAACAAUUGAGCAACAAAAAUUGCAAAUAGAAAAUCAAGCACGUGAACUUAUUCUUCGUAAUAACAAAAUCGAAUCACUUGAAGCCACAAAUAAACAAAAAGAUAUUGAUCAGAAACAAAGUGCAUUUCAGCAGAACAUUUGUAGAACCCAAGAGCUGCAUCUAACUGAUUGUCGGUCAAGGGUUAAUAGCCAAGAAGAGACCAUACAAAAUCAAGAGCAUGAGCUUACUCUCCGAAGAAACCAAAUCGAAACUCUCGCAAACGAAAAUAAAAAAAAAGAUGUUGAAAUUAAUCAAUUGAAAAAAUACCUCGACUAUGAAAUACUCAAAAAUCAAGAUCUUAGUCUUCAAAAUAACAAAAUCGAAUCACUUAAAGCCACACUUGAAGCCAUAAUUAAACGAAAAGAUAUUGAUCAGAAACAAAGUGCAUCUCAGCAGAACAUUUGUAGAACCCAAGAGCUGCAUCUAACUGAUUGUCGGUCAAGAGUUGAUAGCCAAGAAGAGAUCAUCGCUAAACUAAACCAAACAAAUAAGCAACAAGAGCUGCAUCUAACUAAUUGUUGGUCAAAGGUUGAUCGCCAAGAAGCGACCAUCGCUGAACUAAACCAAAAAAUUGAGCAACGAGAAUAUCAAAUCCAAAAUCAAUCUAAACUUCAACAAAAUCAAGAGCAUGAGCUUACUCUCCGAAUAAACCAAAUCGAAACUCUCGCAAAAGAAAAUAAACAAAGAGAUGUGAAAAUUAACCAAUUGAAAGAAGACCUCGACUUUGAGAAACUCAAAUAUAAAGAAUUGUUGGACGAAUUCGUAAAUGCCACAACAAUAGAUAUUGCAAAUUCUGAAAUAAAACAACUAAGCAAACAACUCGAAGAUGCAAAAUUGAAAAACCAAAAAUUACUGAUCCAAUAUGAAGAAAAAGUUGAUGAACUCCAAAACGAAAAAAUCGCAAACGAAAAUUGUGAGAAAUAUUAUGAUAACUUACUAAUAGAACAUGGUAAACUCAAACGCCUUGUUAAAGAUUUAGAAACUAACAACACUGAUCUGGACACCAAAUACAAUCAACAAACUACAGAAAACAAAAACUUAAUUUCAAGUAAAACUCAAUUAUCAGAUAAACUCACGGUCUGCCUGACGACUUUAAAGCAAAAGAGCGCUGUUAUUCCAAGUGAUAAAUUAAGCUGUCCCGCAUUUGGCAACUAUAGCGCUACACAUGUUGUUAAUAUCGAAAAUGGACAAUCAUUUAAAAUACCCUGUAAUUCGGAUGAAAGCAAUUUAGUUUGGUCCGUAAUUGAACGUCGCUUGGAUCAGUCACUUGACCUCGACCGCCGAUGGAUUGAAUAUCGCGAAGGAUUCGGCGACUUUCAAAAGGAGUUCUUUAUUGGCUUGGAGAAACUGCAUCUCAUGACGAAACAACAACCUCACCAGCUCCUCAUUCGAUUGAGAGUAGGACGCGAAAUGAAGUUUGCUAAAUAUAGUCACUUUGAAAUUGCAGGUGAAGAUGAAAACUAUGCCAUACGAUCUCUAGGCGAAUUCAGUGGCGAUGCUGGCGACGGAAUGCGAGAGAGUGAGAGAAAAAGUUUCAGCACCUUCGAUAGGGAUAAUGAUUUGCACUUUAAAAGUAAUUGUGCCCAGGUUUCUAAGGGCGGCUGGUGGUUUGAUGAUUGUGGUACUACAAAUCUCAAUUACAAACAUAGUAUGAAACUGGUGCGCUGGAACAAUCACUUGGGUUCUCACACGCCUAUCGAAAUGUUGAUACGCCCAACGUAAAACGAAUCCAAUUUUAAAUAUUAACACUAUUUAUAUAUGUCUAUAAGUAUUGUUUUAUUACUUUUUUCUUAAUAGCUUUGUAGGCGGUAUCAAAUUAGAAUUUGACGACAAAUCGAAGUAAAAAUCAAAACUGAAAUGAACUUGUACUAAAUACUAAUGCACUUAUAAUCAUAACUAUUCAUUACAUAUGUAAGUAUUCAAUUUGUUUCAGUUAAGUGAAAUUGUGCCGCUUAAAUGUUAACUAUGCGAUUCCAAAUUUCGAUUUCAAUUUCGAUUUCGAUAUUUUACAGGCUUUUGGAAAAUAUAUACGUUGGUUAACUUUGUUUUGUUAAUUUGCAUAGAUCUAUGAGUUCCUAAAUAGAUAUAUGUCUAUAUAAGUCUAUAUAUAUGUAUAUAUAUGUGUAUAUAUAGUAUGUUAAGUAAGCCUAUGUGUAGAAAAGAUGAUAGACAGAUGCUGAGCACACAAAUAGACGAGGAAUUAAGUUUGUGUUGCUGGAUAUUCAGUUAAUAAUAAGCUAGAGUUUGAUUACAGAUUACAGAAAAGGGGGGGACAAGUUUGUUCUGUUUGUUGCUUGCUUUGUUGCUCUCUUAAAG